AUGGCAACCAGAGAUGUCGCCUCGAUGUCUGCACCUCCAGAUGUGCUGCGCUAUAUGCCUCCGAUGGAGUCCUGCGUGCGCUUCUAUUACGGUCAACGCAAGUUCAACAAGAAACACGGCGACCGUCUCUGUGCGCUAUGGGCCGGCAUGGAUUCCUCGGCGAAGGAGAAGCUGAUUGAGGCGUGUGCCAUCGGCUGUCUAGAUGGAGAGGCGAUCAGAAUGCGGGGGGUGAUAUAG